AAGAGAGCACCAGAAGCUUAGCCAGUUCCUAACAAAAAGGGUCCUUGGUUUUUGCCUCACAUCAUCCAGAUUAAGCCAUGGCUUCCCCAUCCUUGUUGUCCUUAUUCUUCAUAUUUUCGUUUCUACUGGGGAUGGCACAUGCACAUUAUCUAUCCCCCAACUUCUAUGCAAGAUCAUGCCCUAGGGCUCUCCCUACCAUUCGAACUGCAGUAAACAAAGCAGUGGCCAAAGAGAAACGCAUGGGGGCCUCAUUGCUCCGCCUCCAUUUCCAUGAUUGCUUCGUAUUGGGAUGUGAUGCUUCUAUAUUAUUGGAUGACACUGCAACCUUUACUGGAGAGAAGACAGCAGGACCAAAUAACAACUCUGUGAGAGGAUAUGAGGUGAUCGACACCAUUAAAUCUCAAGUGGAAAGUUUGUGCCCUGGAGUUGUCUCUUGUGCAGAUAUUGUAGCAGUGGCAGCUCGUGACUCGGUUGUCGCUUUGGGUGGCCCAACAUGGACUGUGCGAUUAGGCAGAAGAGAUUCAACCACGGCGAGUUUCAGUGCUGCUGGCACCGACCUCCCUGGCCCGAACUUAAAUCUCAGUCAGCUUAUAUCUGCCUUCUCCAAGAAGGGCUUGACUACUAAGGAAAUGGUGGUUCUCUCAGGAACUCAUACCAUAGGCAAAGCAAGAUGCACAAGUUUUCGAAAUCAUAUUUACAACGACACCGACAUCGAUCCAGCAUUUGCAGCAUCAAAACAGAAAAUCUGCCCAAGAUCGGGUGGAGAUGAUAAUCUAUCUCCUCUGGAUGGAACUACUACUGUUUUCGAUAAUGUUUAUUUUAGGGGUUUGAAGGAAAAGAAGGGUCUUUUGCACUCAGACCAGGAACUCUACAACGGUGGCUCCACAGAUUCCCUAGUUGAAACCUACAGCAUCGACACUGCCACUUUCUUUACGGAUGUGGCCAACGCCAUGGUUAGGAUGGGAAAUAUUAGUCCUUUAACCGGAACUAAUGGACAGAUUAGGACCAACUGCAGGAAAGUCAACGGAUCCUAGUCAGUUUAUGGCUUUUAUUUCUUUCUGGUUUAAGUGUCUUUCAUGUUAAUCUACUACAAUAAAUAAUCGGAAGUUGCCUAUCGCAAAGCAGUUUGGGAAAUUUCUGGAGUUUAUGGUAUUUGUAUUUGUUCGUCUACUUAAAAAAUUAUCUUAAAAAACUUUUAGUCA